GGCUAAUUCGCCAAUUGGCGGACGCCUUGUCCACUUGAAUGAUACGCUUUUGCGAAGAUUAUUAAUACCAAUGACUUGCCUCGCAAGAACUAUAUAUAACACGUAAUAAACUAUAGUUACAGCUGCGUGCAGCAGUUACCAAGGUCAACGCUCGGUUAUACGCGAAUGAGACCAACAUCUGUGCAAAAGCUGCAUUUUUCUUUGUGAAGUUUUACUGUCGAAUACAAAAUUUUACACUCACAUUUCCUUUUAAAUGUUCUUCGUGCAAUGUUCUUUCUAUAUCUACGAAUUUAUAGUAUUUUCUCAAUUUUGCAGAAAAAGUGCAUCGUCUGAUAUCCGUUGCAGUCGUCGCCUAUGUGCAUCGCCGCUUCCGCUCUUGAAAAAUUAAUUAUUCUAUGUGACUCAUCACCAACGUGACUUGGAUAAUCGAUUCCUCAUAACAGAAACACGGUUAAGCGCAACUCUGUCUCAAAAUCUCAUGCACGAGUAACUAAUCGUUUGUAAACAAUCCGUGACAUAAAACCAUACCUAGAUCCAUUUCCACAUCACUCGAGAGCAUUAGACAUAUCUGCUGGAUGUUAUGAGGACAUCAGUAAUAAUCGAGCAGCUGAGAGCUAUAGUAUUUGCCGCACGCUCGUCAUAGAAGAUUAUGUAACAAUCAUAAUAUCAUAAUCAGCUAUUAAUUGAUAAGACGCUACUCGUUUCGAUACAAAAAUCUUCUACAGAAAAUUGGAUUUCCAACGUGAACAGACAAAAAUAUCAAAUAGAAAUAUCGGACAGAGUCUUAUCUGCAGUUAUGAGGAGACAACGGGCCGUUUUUAUAUUCUGCUCCCUCCUCGGAUUGACGUUUAUUGUCUGCGUCUUUUGGAGGGAAUUAUCGAUGAUAUUAAUUACCGUCAGCUCGGCCAAUCACGUUUCUUGCUACUGGAGCGGAUCUAGUGGUGUCAUGGAACUCGGACAAGGAGAAUGGGACCAGCCAAUGCUAAUUCCAAGCAGAUGCAUAUUUUUCCACAAGACAACGUGUUCAUCACCGAAUCUCACGCCUCGGCAAGCGUGUGCCGUGGAAUCAGCGGCUAGAAAUAAUCGCAAUUUGAACGUCUUCCUGCUAUUCCUUGCGACGGGGCAAUUUUCCGAAAAAUCUGAGAGAUUGGUUGAUAUCUUAGAGACUUACAACAAUGUGUACAUAAGACGAGUGCGUUUGUCGUCGUAUGUUAUCGACACGCCGAUAGAGGACUGGUUCUGGGCAAACAUUCGUAAAUUAUGGGAGAAUCACGAAUGGCUGCACAAAGACUUUCGCGAUUACGUCCGGAUGUUAACACUGUGGAAAUUUGGUGGUGUGUCACUGAAUUUGAACAGUGUGGUGCUGACAUCGUUGGAAGAGCUAACUACCUUUGCGGGCGUGCAAGACAAUCGAGAUAUGGACAUCGGCGUGUUUGGCGUCGACGCGAGCUCGAGUUUCGGAAGGAGUUUCGCCGACGCCUGUAUGGAAAUCGUUAAAGAUAUAAACGCAGACAACUAUUCGCGAUACAAUAUCACCAGAAUUGUAACCGAAGCCGUAUGGAACCUCUGUUAUCAGCGAAACGACAAGGAGUGUCGGCGGUUCGCGAUCUACCCACCGGAGAAAUUCUAUCCCACGUCCUCCGGUUCGCGGGGGCUUCAUCCGAACGAGACGAGGGCGGAUGAAAUGCCGGGGGUAGGGAGAAAUACCAUGACGAUCCAUUUGUCGAACCAUCAUCGAGACGCUGAAGCGGACAACGCGGCGGUCUACAAAUUGGCGGCCAGGCAACACUGCCCGAAGAUAUACCAAGUUGCUGGAACAAGCUUUUUCAGCUCGCGAAACGUUGUAACCGAUGCGUAAUACGUAACGCAAAAUAUAUGUGUGUGUGUGUGCGCGUGUAUAUGUAGACGAAUGAAAUUAUGACUCUGGUAGCACUGUACAUUGGCUAAAUAUUGGUCCAAUGUUGGUCCAAUAUUCGUUUUUAGGAUAUUUGUCGAGUAUGUCUUUGAAAUAUUUUGUAUAUAUUACAUGCGAAUUCUCGUUCAUUCGGAAUACGAACUGUAAAAAAGAAUCUUUUAUCUCUAACAUAUAUAUAUAUAUACAACUUUUAUAACUAUAUUAUUUUCUAUAACUAUAACUACUUUUUAU